CGUGCGCAUGCGCAGCCGAAGUGGAGCCCGAACGGAAUUUGAGCUGUGUCGUAGCCGAGCCGAGUGGAGUGGAGUCAGAGGUGGUGGGCAUGCUGUCACCCGAGGCAGAACGGGUGCUUCGGUACCUGGUGGAGGUGGAAGAGCUCGCGGAGGAGGUGCUGGCGGACAAGCGACAGAUUGUGGAUCUGGACACCAAAAGGAAUCAGAACCGGGAGGGCCUGCGGGCUCUGCAGAAGGAUCUCAGCCUCUCCGAAGAUGUGAUGGUUUGCUUCGGGAACAUGUUCAUCAGGAUGCCUCACCCUCAGACGAAGGAGAUGAUUGAGAAAGAUCAGGACCAUCUGGAUAAAGAAAUAGAGAAACUCCGCAAACAACUUAAAGUGAAGGUCAACCGCCUCUUUGAGGCCCAAGGCAAACCAGAGCUGAAGGGUUUUAACCUGAAUCCCCUCAACCAGGAUGAGCUUAAAGCUCUCAAGAUCAUUUUAAAAGGAUGAAAUUCAAGAAUGAGAUGGGGGACCUAGGACAGCAUCCCCCCUGAGGUCACGGAGGACCCAGGACUCCAGCUUUGAAACCUGCAAGGACACGAUCCACCCUGCUAGAAGAUGGGCGUCUUUACACUUUUAAGAUGUAAAGAAGAUCUGCCCCAUGAAAAGCCUUUGUCUGGGGGGAUUGGCUUUCCGUGAUGGCAGGAGGGAGCCCUCAGCCUGCCAGUGUCUGCUGGGGCUGACUGCUGGGGCUGGAUGGACACAAGGCCCAUUGAUAGGCCCUGGCAGCCACCAGUGCUGAGUGGGGGCAGCGCCUGUGGGGGUGUGAGAAUGGCCACAACAGGCACUUUUAACAAGGGCCCCUGUUCAGAUGGGCCCCGGACGUCGGGGAGCAUCAUUCCUGCAUUCCUCUCCAGAAGAGAGGCAUUCUCAAGCAGCAUGUAGUGGAAUUGGAAUAAAGCAGGAGGCUCACAGGUGGUUUCUGAAUGAAAGGCCGAAUCGGUGUUUCGUAGUUCACCACAGCCAUCUGUGGGCCAGACGCACCACUCCCCCAGCACCGCCUCCACUUGGACCCUUUUUUCCUGCUUGCCCCCAGAAUGGAGCCCAGAGUGGGUGCUGCUUAUCAAACUCUUGCACCUGUCUUUUAGUCAGGAAGGCCUUGCAGAGUCCCGCACCAGGGACGGGUGGGGGGAGCUGCCUCUUCACGAGGCCCUCUGCCACCUCUGAAGGCGGGGCCUGGGUCAGCGCCACUCAGGGUUCCGGCCUGCCUUCGCUGGUCUCAGAUCCUAAUGUGCUGUGAGGCAGCACGCUGUCUUUCAUGUCACUGAGAGCUUAAUAAAUGUUUCCUAAACGAAUGAA